AGAUCCUGCAGACCACACUGAAGAUGUGUUCAGUCAAACUCAUCGACUGCACGAACCUCAUGAUGAAGAUUAAAACUGAACCCACAGAAAUCAAAACUGAACCCACAGAAAUCAAAACUGAACCCACAGAAAUCAAAACUGAACCCAUAGAAAUCAAAAUUGAACCCACAAAAUUUAAAAUUGAACCCACACAAGAGGAAGAUCGCACUGAGGAAGAGGAUGAUUUUAUUCCAUCAGAUGUGAAGAGUGAUUUAUGUUUGGAUAUAGAAAUAACGUCCUCAACAUCAAAAGAGCAACUGACAGCACAAACUCUUUCCUGCAUCACCUGUGGAAAGACAUUCAGCUCACAGAGACAUUUAGAGAGACAUGAGAGAAAACACACAGAACAGAAACUCUUCACCAGAUCUGAGAUCAGCUUUACUACCUUACAAGAGGAGAAACUUCAUUCAGAAGACCACAAAGAGGAGAAGAAGAAGAAGAAGAAGCAGUUUCACUGUGAACAGUGUGGGAGGAUUUGUGUCUCUUCCUCUAAUCUAAAUGUUCACAUGAGGACACACAGUGAUGAAAAGCCUUUCAACUGCACUGAAUGUGGAAAAUACUUCAAAACCAAAGACACUCUUAAAAUUCAUCAGAGAAUUCAUACUGGAGAAAAACCUUAUCACUGUAGUGUCUGUGGGAAGAGUUUUAGUCAACAGGCUUCAUUACUAAAUCACAAGAGAGUUCAUACAGGUGAAAAACCUUUUAAAUGCUGUCAGUGUGACAUGACAUUUACUUGUUCAAGUAACUUAAUAGUUCAUCAGAGAGUUCACACUGGAGAGAAACCUUAUCACUGUAGUCUCUGUGGGAAGAGUUUCUCUGAUUCAUCUUAUUUAAGAGUUCAUCAGAGACUUCACACUGGAGAGAAACCUUACGUCUGCGCUCACUGUGGGAAGAGUUUUAGUCAACGGGCUUCAUUACUAAAUCACAAGAGAGUUCAUACAGGUGAAAAACCCUUUAAAUGCUGUCAGUGUGACAUGACAUUUACUUGUUCAAGUUACUUAAUAGUUCAUCAGAGAGUUCACACUGGAGAGAAAUCUUACGUUUGCGCUCAAUGUGGGAAGAGCUUCUCUAAUUCAUCUUAUUUAAGAAUUCAUCAGAGACUUCAUACAGGAGAGAAACCUUAUCACUGUAGUGUCUGUGAGAAGAGUUUUAGUCAACGGGCUUCAUUACUAAAACACAAGAGAAUUCAUACAGGUGAAAAACCUUUUAAAUGCUCUCAGUGUGACAUGACAUUUACUUGUUCAAGUAACUUAAUAGUUCAUCAGAGAAUUCACACUGGAGAGAAACCUUACGUCUGUGCUCAAUGUGGGAAGAGCUUCUCUAAUUCAUCUUGUUUAAGAGUUCAUCUGAGAGUUCACACUGGAGAGAAACCUUAUUACUGUAGUGUCUGUGGGAAGAGUUUUAGUCAACAAUCAAACUUACUUACGCACAAGAGAAUUCACAGCGGUGAAAAACCUUUCAACUGCACUGAAUGUGGAAAAUACUUCAAAACCAAAGACCACCUUAAAGUUCAUCAAAGACUUCACACAGGAGAAAAACCUUAUCACUGUAGUUUCUGUGAGAAGAGUUUUAGUAACCAGUCAAACUUACUUAAACACAAGAGACUCCAUACAGGUGAAAAACCUUACAAAUGCUCUCAAUGUGACAUGACGUUUACUUUUUCAACUAACUUAAAAGCCCAUCAGAGACUUCAUACUGGAGAGAAAGCUUAUUACUGUAGUCUCUGUGGGAAGAGCUUCUCUAAUUCAUCUUAUUUAAUAGUUCAUCAGAGAGUUCAUACUGGAGAGAAACCUUACGUCUGCACUCAUUGUGGGAAGAGCUUCUCUAAUUCAUCUCAUUUAAGAGUUCAUCUAAGAGUUCAUACAGGAGAGAAACCUUAUCACUGUAGUGUCUGUGGGAAGAGUUUUAGUCAUCAGUCAAACUUACUUAAGCACAAGAGACUCCAUACAAAUGAUAAACCCUCAGUGUGAGAUGACGUUUGCUUAAAUGGUCAUUUCAUCGAUAGUAUUCGAUUGCAGGACUGAAAAAGGUUCUUCUCUAUGUAAGGUGAAGUUUUAAAUUAGCUUUCCUUUAUGGGGUGUCGGUUAGAACACACUGAAUUCCAUUAGUUUCAUGCAAUAGGGUUUAAUUUGUCAUUCUUUAGUAUUUCACAACACAGCAGUGCACAGAGUUACAGGUCACAAGCGUGUAUAGGAGUUUAAUGUGUGUUUAUGUGUGGUCUACAAAGGAAAGAAAUAAAGAUAUAUAUUAACAAAUGUUUCUUAAAUAUUAUAGCACAGACAUUACUUCACAACAGUUGUAAAUCUCUCAAUAAAACCUCUAAAUGAGAAUAAUUCACAGAAAUGAACAUACAGGCAUUAUAAUUAUUACUCAAUACUACCACCUGUUGGUCAGAAACGGCAAAACACUGAAACCGAAACUUAUUUCUGAGGUAAAUUAAACGAACUGAAUAUAAACCAGAAAUAUUGCUUAGAUAAAGAUCAAAUGGCAAGCAUUUACAUUAUUAAUGUGAUAAUCACACAUAUAUACAUACAAAUCAAACGAUGCUUACCAGAUAUAUACAAUAAUAGCAAGUAAUACUGAACAUAAUUGGCACAUUUACAUAUUGUCAAAAGCCCGCGACAAACAGCUUAAAUAACACCUAAUACUUAUAUUUCAGAUACAGAAUAACAUUGAAUGAAUACUUUACAAACUCCUGAACUAACAUUGAUUAUCUACUGAAAAGACAGAUAACUUACUUUUGCGUAUUCACGCACACUUUGCACACAUACAGUCCCGCUCGCAUCUGCUGCUGAAUAAAUCUCCCUGACGACCACUAAUGGAAAAGUGCGCAUGCGCACAGAACGCAGCCUUUCUAACAGAUAGAAACAUUCAUCUUUAUUGAAAGUGGGUCAUAUUUGUAGUCGAUAUGUAUCAUAUAUUUAGAAUUUUGUGCCUAUUUGACCGAGAAAAGACAGAAUGUUACUUUAGGGCACAUGUAUGGAAAACUACAACUCCCACAAUGCACCACAGUGCACAGCUCUGCAAGCCACUCCCAUUAAUCGGAACACCUCUCAGAUAUGCUAUUGUGUAUAUAAAUGCCACGUAAGUAAAACGACGAAAAUAGCCGCCACUGUGUCUGACAGACACCAAUCAUGACUUUUUAAACGUGAUGUUACGUUGUGUUACACACAAUAACACUCUGGUCUGGGGCCUCAUUUAUAAAACUGUGCGUAGGAUCCUUACUAAAAGUUUACGUACGCUUAAAAGCCAAAAAUAGCGUACGCACACCAGCAAUCAAUAUUCCUUUUAUAAAUCACAAAUCACCUGAAAUGUGCGUACGUGAAUCUGCCUCACAUCCUGCCCUAUACACGCCCAUUUUUAACCAUAAAUAGUCAAUGCAAAUCACCUCCUGAAUGCUGAUCCUCAUAUUAAUGAGACUGGCAUCCAAUUGUUAGUUCGUAAGCUAAAUGCGCCCAGCCAAUAAACACAAGCCAUUGUCAUAAUCCUCCAGCAUUGAAAGGACGCAGUCACCGCAGCAUUUAUAUAUUUUUACAGCAAUUAUAUACUGUAACACCUUGCCAAAAUAACAGCAUUAAUUAGAGGUAUCACUAAAAUAAAAUAGAUGUGUGUUUUCUGCUUCUUUUGUGCACGCGUCUGAUAUAUGCAGACUGUUCUCCAGCAGCAUGAGCAUUCUCCUCUGCUAUACAAAAAGCAGACAUAUAAAAAAAUGAAUCAUUUAAAUAUAAAACAUAAAUAGUAAUUUCCUUUUACCUAUCAGACUUGCAUUAACUUGUACACGUGAGAGUAAAUAUUUAUUUUAAUAUAAUAGGCGAACGCAUGUUUCUUCAUGCAGGUUUUCACAUCAUAUUUAGGACUAUUAUAAUGAUAAUAGAGAGAAACGGUUGUCCAGGAGCGUGAUGGCUGUAUUUUCACACUUUGAUAUUUGAUGAUAAAAAUGCAUAUUAAUUAAGGAUAAUUUUUGUUUAUUUACACUGUGUUCUGCAGCUAUUUAAUGGAUAUUUGAUGCCAUCCAUUUGUCGGUUCAUAUUGCGCUACCGUAGUGGACACCGUGACCUUUAGACAGCGCUGAUUAAAUAUUUAAAAUUAUUUUUGAUUUAAGAUCGAAUUUUACAAGAUGUAGGGCUAUAUGAAACAAUUAUCACUCAGUACACUUGCAAAUAACACUGCUGGAUUUAAUCUUCAUGAUAACGUGGAUCUAACGUAUGAUAGUGAAAUUAAAUGUGUGUGUGUGUUAUCAAUACUAGGGGUGUAACGAUUAACCGUGCAAAUGCGCGUUUUCUCAGUGAAUGAAUUCGAAAGAAUUACGGUGAAAUCACGGCACAUCCGAACGCCAGGGGGCGCUCUCAUGCAGAAACUCCCUUUGUGCCACACAAGAAGUAUCAUUGCAAACACUAUUCCAGGAAAUGUCUACACAGGAAUAUUUAUACGCUGUUCUUCAAAUUGUUUCAGGUAUUUUCAUGAUAAUAAAGAAUAUUUUGAAUGAUUUUGCUUAACGAGUGUUGCUUUUUUAAAUGCACGUUAUAAACGACUCCGACUCAUAAUGAUUUUAGAUUGAUAAGGACUUCCUACUGACCAAAUGCCGUAGUACAUGCACAAGCUGUGCAUAAAGCAAAGAAUCGCAGCCUUGCGAUUCAGAAUCGAUUUCAGACAGG